AUGAGCCCUGUGGAGUUCGUACGCAUGUCGCUAUGGGCGCGAGAUGCGGCCAGCGAGAUCGAAUCAGCUCCGCAGACAUUCUCUAGCUGGGACAAAUGCAUGGAAAAGACAUACUGCAAAUGGCCCGUCAUUGUUGGAAUUAUCAUCGGAGGAGUAAUCCUCCUCUCCGUUAUCGCGUGUAUCGUUAACUGCCUCUGCUGUGGUAUCCGAUGUUGCACGAGUUGCUGCGGAUGCUGCUGCCCGUCUCCGCGGCCGAAAAAGCCAAAGUACGCCGAUGACCCGUAUCACCACCAACCGCCUCCAAUGCCACAGAUGCCACCGCCGAAUCAUGGCUACCAAGCGGGAUAUCAAGGAGGAUACCAAGACGGAUACCAGCCGCCCCAAGCUCCGCCUACGUACCGUGGGGCUCAGGUGGCUCGGUUCGAUACACCAUCAAGCCCUGGACAUUCAAAGAUCAAUGAGGAUGCUUUGCCUGCCAUGCCUAGUUGGGAUAGUGCUAUCACUAGAAGAGUGGAAGAUACCAUACCGCACUCGGAGUCGGUUGAAAUGGAGCCAUUGAACCCAGUCAGCCGUCCGCCUCAUCGCACGCCAUCCGCACCUAGAAUGAACGCAGGGAUGAACGCAGGAGGCUACGGCGCACCACCACCAAUCAGGACAGCCCCUCAAAACGAUUAUUUCCCCGAUUCGCAAGGGUACGAUGGCCAGAAUCCAUACGAUUCCCGAUCCCAGGGGCCAGGCCACAGCCCAGCUUCGCCGUACGACCAACAGCCCUAUGACCAGCAACCAUACCGAGAUCAUUCUCCGGGGACUAAUUACCAUGCCAUCUCGCCUCCCGCAAAUGCUUAUUCUCAGCCUCAGUACCCGAUAGGCGUUGCGGUUUCUCCAACAACGGAGAUGAACCGCCCAAUACCCUACCGCCAACCUUCGCCUGGGUUCAGCACGCAACCCCCGAGCUACAGAGGGAUGUCACCAAGCGUCCCCUCAUCACCUCCGCCGCCGUUUCAUAUGGUUACCAACCACGAAGUCAGCGACCCGGGCCGGCCCCCGAGUCUCCUACAGAGCGGACGCAAGCCCGCUCCUAACACAUACAGGGACGUCUAA